UAGGUAUGCAGAUGGCAUGGUGGUAGGACGUAACCAUACUACAUUUGGGGUAAGGGGAACAAAACUGGGGGAAUGAAUUUUGACACUGCACUUUCUCUGUCCAAUUUGUCUCUCUGUGUGUGUUUGUAGAGGUGAUGGCCGUUUUAUCCCGUCUGCGCUCCCCCAAGCUGUCCUUCUUACAGACCCUUCUGGCCUUGGCCCUCUCGGCUGUGGCCCUGUUGUCCUCUCAUUGGUGUUCCGGUAGACAGAAGGUACCGAAGCCGCUCUGCACCACCUCCAGGCUGCACCACUGCACCCCUGUCCCUGGUGUGUCCAACACAUCAUCUCAGUUCUCCUGGGAGACCGGUGAUGACCGCUUUAUCUUCCCUACCUUCCAUGCUGGAAUCUGGAGUAGCUGCGAGGAAAACAUACACACAGAUGCUUGGGAGGAGAAAUGUCGCAGUUUCAUGGCUCUGACGCCUGGAUCAGAGAAAGCAUUCUUCUGGCUAUGUGUGGGGAUGGAGCUGAUGUAUAUCAGUCUGUUGUGUAUCAGUUGUGUGUUACUGUCAGUGCAGUUGUGUUUGUCUGCCUGGUGGCCGCUGGCUCAUCACUGGGGGCGGCUGCUGAAUGCUCAUGCUGCUGUCUUCACUGUGCUGGGAGGUUUGGUGGGGAUGGUGGCUCACAUCAUGUUCAUGCAGGUGUUCCAGGUCACAGCCUCAAGUGGGCCAGAGGAUUUCAAACCACACAGUUAUGGAUACUCAUGGGCCUUUUACGUGGCAUGGGUGGCCUUCACCUGCUGUAUGUCCUCUGGUAUCUCCACGCUGAAUAACUACACUAAGAAGGAGCUGAUGGUGGGGCUGAAGCAGAGGGCCGUGUUUUAUCCCUGCAGAAACUUUACCUUUCCAACUCAGUCAUCACACAUGCCAUUCUACUGCCCACCCCCACCAUCACUGCCUCCACCAUCUCCCCCACCACCACCUCUGUCACCUUUAUCGCCCUACUAUUGCCCCCCUUCCCCAUCUUCCCCUAACGAAUCCUUCACCCCUCCCCCUUCCCCUCCUGCUCCUGCCACCUCCGUUCUGCACCCAUCAAACCCCAUCCUCUUACUCUGCACAUGGGUCAACACACUGAUCAAAUUUCUCUGUUCCUCAUCCAAGCUCCUCAACUACAGCUGGUACUGGGCUUUCCAUGGUUUUACUGGCACAACCCGUGGCUGGACUGGCUGA